AUGACCCAGCAGCUUUUCGACGGCGAUGGUAACAAAGGAGGGCAGGGCGACAUCAGGGACUGGGGCGACAUCAGGGACUGGGGCGACAUUAGGGACUGGGGCGACAUUACGGACUGGGGCGACAUCAGGGACUGGGGCGACAUUAGGGACUGGGGCGACAUUACGGACUGGGGCGACAUCAGGGACUGGGGCGACAUCAGGGACUGGGGCGACAUUAGGGACUGGGGCGACAUCAGGGACUGGGGCGACAUUACGGACUGGGGCGACAUCAGGGACUGGGGCGACAUUAGGGACUGGGGCGACAUUACGGACUGGGGCGACAUCAGGGACUGGGGCGACAUCAGGGACUGGGGCGACAUUAGGGACUGGGGCGACAUUAGGGACUGGGGCGACAUUAGGGACUGGGGCGACAUUAGGGACUGGGGCGACAUCAGGGACUGGGGCGACAUUAGGGACUGGGGCGACAUUAGGGACUGGGGCGACAUCAGGGACCGGGGCGACAUCAGGGACUGGGGCGACAUUAGGGACUGGGGCGACAUCAGGGACUGGGGCGACAUCAGGGACUCGGCCGAAAUUGUCCUUAGCAGACUCAAUGAGUGCAUCCAGCGCAGCGGACCUAGUUAG